UACAUUUUCCCUUUUCUUCAUCGGCGAACUAAAAUAAAAAGACUCAUUGGCGAAAUUUCGAGUGCUCGGAGAAAAAAAAAAAAAAGACUUCAACGGCGAAAUGGACGAAUCGUGGCGUAUGAAGAUGGGUUUAGACGUUGAUCCAUUCUUCUCCAUUGCUCGGAAAUCCAUGGACGCUCGAAUUGACGCCGAAGAUUUCGCCGAUGUUUUCGGCGGUCCGCCGCGAAGCGUCCUCACCCGGAAAUUCUCCGGCGACUUUUCUCGCUCCGAUUGUUUCUACGACGAGGUUUUCCGGCCCCCCGGAAUUUGCUCCGGCGGCACCCUUCCGUCUUCUAAAUCUCACGGCAGAAACUUACCGGCGUUCAGGAUUCCUUCCGGCGGGGAUGGGUUUUACGACGGCGUGUUCGGCGGUCGCGGCGGGAAGACGAAAGAAGGAUCCAAAAAGCAGAGCCCGAAAGCAAAAACGAGGUCAAAUUCUUCGUCGGUGCUUACUUCCGAGGAGGCCAGUCCUCAUUAUCCUCCGCCGGCGGCGACUUCCGGCGAUGACGCCGGAUUUUCUUCUUUUACUUCGAGACUCAGACCGUUAAACGUCCCGUCGAGAAGUCAUAAGCGGGAGUCGAAGAAACAGAGUUUCCCGGCGUUUCCGGGAGAUUCAUUAUCCGGCCACGACAACACACCGGAAAAAUCAGAUUUUUACUACAAAAAACCACACUUUGGCGGGUCGAGAAGAUCCUCGCCGGAGACCAUGAGCUUGGAUCCCAAUUCCUUCAGGAGAAUGGAUGAUUUCGGACCGAGCUCUCCGGCAUCUUCCCCUGUUUCUUCCUUUAUCUGUGAAGAAGACGACAACAUUGAGGCAAAACAGAGAACGACCGGAGACUGUAAAGCCGAAGAGGUAGAAGACGAAGAAGAAGAGAUGAGCUCUUACGUAAUCGAGAUAAACUCAGAUCGUUUUGAUCGUUACAGAGAAGGAGGAAGUGGAGGGGGAGGAAAUUCGGAUUCGAACGACAUGGAUGAAGCAAUAGCUUGGGCUAAAGAGAGAUCUCAACGCCCCGAAGCAAAGCAAACAGAAGAAGACUUGACGGAUUCAAUAAGAAGCGAAGAGGAAGCCAAAUCAGAACAAGAGAUGGAGAUGGAGAUGAAAGAUGAAGAGAUAAAAAUCUGGUUAACCGGAAAAGAAACCAACAUUAGACUCCUCCUCUCAACUUUACAUCACGUUCUUUGGUCAAAUAGCAAUUGGCAUGCGAUUCCUUUGGCAAAUCUUCGAGAUGGAUCACAAGUGAAGAAAGCUUACCAAAAAGCUCGGCUUUGUUUACAUCCAGAUAAACUUCAACAGAGAGGAGGAACUUCACCGCUUCAGAAAUCUGUGGCGAGCAGAGUAUUCUCCAUUCUUCAGGAAGCGUGGGCCGUGUACGUUACCAAUGAAGGACUCUCAAGCUAAACCGAAAUUCGCAAACAAAUAUUCUUUCGGUUUGUAUUAAACCGGAGGUGUUCAGAAUUGGUUUAUAAUGUAAGAAGAAUAAGAAGAGGAAAGUUUGUUUUUUUAAUGAUUGUAAAAGUCAUAUGAACAUUCCCAUGUGUUGCAUUUGUUGUGUCUUCCAUUGUCAAUGUUCUUAUUAUAUACAGAAAACAACAAACUGUUGGAAAACUACUUUAAAGAACGAAAUAAUGCGUGAAUCGAAUAGAACCUGG